UUUUAAAUGCGUUUCUAUUCUUUCAAUCAGGGACUAUUAUUUUUCGACUGCUUCCUGGGUAUCUCUAACAGAAGUCUGCAUAACGUGGAUGAACCGUCUCCAGAACUUAUCAAUGAUUAGUAUCUGUAAGAGUCCAAUGUGGCAUUGUCAGGAAAUAUACAGAAUAAAGAACGAUAAGGGAUGGGUGGAUACUCCACCAGAAGCCCCUCUUUUUUCAAUAAAUGGCAGCAGUUAUAUCGCAAUAAGUCCUGUGGAUGAUGGACCAGCCGGAUUUUACAAGCAUAUAAUUUGGGCUAAUGUGCUCCGAAAACAAGUAGUGCCUUUGACGCAUGGAAAAUUUGAAGUCGUUAGGAUUUUAGUAUGGGACCAAACAAAUAAUACUAUAUAUUUCAUCGGUAUUCCAUUUAUGAGACCGGGUCAGAGACACCUCUAUCGUGUAAGUUCUACUCUUCCUCCUACGGGAUCGCCUUUGCGUCCUGCUAUAUGCCUCACAUGCACUAUCUCAUCUGACACGACAAACGAUGAAGGUGAACAUCGAACUAGUUCUUCAAAUUGGCAGAAUGGACUUCCCAUUCGAAAUGAAUGGCAUGAUGAUCAUUAUGAAAUUCAUAUCGACAAUAUUAACAACAAGGAACAUCGUCAAGCAAAGGAUAUCUCUAAAAAGGACAAGUUGAAAAAUAGGAAUGUUUUAAAAAGCGGCGAUCCACCUUGUCAGUAUCACAAUGCGAUCUUCCCGUCCGCGGAUUGUGAAUAUUUCAUUCUUGAGUGCCUUGGACCUGGUAUACCUAUCGUGGCCCUUUACAAAAUGGAAAUGUCUGUGCCGCGAUUCAUUAUGCCAUUGCAGAAUAAUACGUUGUUACGCGAAAAAAUAGCAAACAUCGCACUUCCGCAGGUAAAGACUUUUCCUGUGCAGAUAAGUGGCGGCUACAACGCCCAAGUGAGAUUGCAUCUACCACCUGGAUUAAGAGAAGAUGAAAUUACGCGUUAUCCGUUGGUGGUUCAGGUGUAAGUAUAAUAUAUUAUCAAAUAUAUGUUUAUA